AUCUGAAUGUGUUGGUCUCGUCAUCAGUGUGAACCUGCUGCUGACUGUCUUUCGUCCGUCUUGAACGUUCAAGUGAGCCGUGUGGAAGGGGGUGGCGAAACGUCACAACCACUCAUAUCCUGACUUUUCACUGCCCUUUCUGAGGGCGAAAGGGAGGGGUGGAUUCUAUUCCCGAAUCUACUCGGGGGUCGAAGGGCUGCCGCGCGAUGUAAACAGUGUGGAUCGAGUCACCGUAGCGAGCGCAACGUUCAACUGUUUCUCUCGCGCUGCUCUUGGCGAUCAGUUCGUGGAGUUUGAAUUUCGAAGUGAAGUUGCCGUUUUUCGAAAUGCUUUUGCAGAUAGUGUCCUAGGAAACGAUUGGAUUUUAUGGUGUGGUUUUGACUAGUUCGCAAACAUGAGAAGUAAAAGUGUUCCAGUGAAUAUUUUCAUCAGGAAGAUCAACACACUUUUGGGGGAAGGUGGAGAGGAAGGUUCCCCUGAAGAAGGUGAAAAACUUGAAGGUGACGAGGAUAUUGAAUCUAUGACGCCGACUUCUGCCGCUUCACCAGCUCCGAAUGAAGAUGAAGCCUCGUCACCUCCUCCUGGGGAUGUUUUGAGCCCAACUAGUCCAAGAUCACCUUGCGGCGAUCCAAAUAUUUGUGGGAAUCCCCAGUCUCGCUGCAACUCACGCGAGUCCCUAGAAUCUCCUGUUCAUCCUCGAUCUCCGUCGAGAGAAAGUAUGAUGUCCGAAAGAGCAGCCCUACUUCGUGGAAUUCCCCUCGGUACAUCUUUGAGUCCAGUGGGAGUCGCUCUACCUCCGACAUUACCGGCAGCAGCCGCAGCGGCUUUUUUGCCGCCACAAUCUGCAGCAAUGGCAGCUUACCUCAACGCUGCUGCUGCUGUAGCCCAACAAUCUCAUCGACUCAUGAUGACGUCUCCACUACCUCCGAAUUUUCCUAGAGCCUCAAUUUCACCGCUUAUUUCAUCAUCUUCAUCCCCUCCCGGAGGUUUCAACCAUUCGCCAGUGGAACAACCCCUACAUUCCCCAUCUGCUGAAGGAAUACUGGAUUUCAGCAGAAGAAGUCACAAUAAGAGCGAUGAAGGAGAUAGCGAUUCAGAUGCAAUGAAUUUCAGCAAACCUGAAUCUCCCCCAAGUGGGGAAGGUGGCAGUACACCUCUCGACUUGUCAGUUAGCAGUCGUAAACGUUCCUCAGAGGAGGUACUCACGCAACCUCCCCAACGUAAACCCAGAACGGACUUCAAACCGGCACUUCCGCAAUGGCCACCUCCAAUUGGUGCAUCUCAUCUGCCGUAUUUCGCAGCUGCUGUAGCAGCUGCAGGUUUGUCGCCUAAGAACAACUCUGCUGAACUUUGGAAUGGAAAAAUCAAACACAUCGCCCCUGCGCCUAGCGAUGCCACUAAAGCUUUAGAGAAAAUGAGUGAACUCAGUAAGUUAGGAGGUGAUGAUCUUUUCAGAACUAUGGCGAAUGCUGCUCCUGGAAAUUCUGCCAGUAACAGACAUAGUGCCUGGCAGUCGCACUGGUUGAACAAGGGUGCUGAACAGGCAAAAGACGUCCUUAAAUGUGUUUGGUGCAAACAAAGCUUCCCUAGCUUGGCCGCGAUGACAACACACAUGAAGGAAGCAAAGCAUUGUGGCGUGAACGUUCCCGUCCCUCCUAUGCAAUCAAGCAAUCUAAUUCCUCAACCGCAAAUCACUUCGCCUUCCAACACGAACACUAGUACCUCAUCUUCGAACUCAACCAAACCAAAUCCGUCGGAUCUCAAUAUGCUCAUUAAGGAAACUAUGCCGUUGCCUAGAAAGCUAGUUAGAGGGCAGGAUGUUUGGUUGGGAAAGGGUGCCGAGCAAACCAGACAAAUCCUCAAGUGUAUGUGGUGCGGACAAAGCUUCAGGUCGCUAGCUGAGAUGACGAGCCACAUGCAGCAAACUCAGCAUUACACUAAUAUAAUUUCCCAAGAACAAAUCAUUUCUUGGAGGUCAAGUGAUGAUCCGAAGGGUGGUGGGGGAUCAGGACCUCCAGGACCAAAUCCUCCACCAGGGGGAGCAAGUAGUCACGUAAGUGCAGUACUAACCUGCAAAGUUUGUGAUCAAGCAUUCAGUUCGUUGAAAGAAUUGAGCAACCAUAUGGUUAAAAAUUCUCACUAUAAAGAACAUAUUAUGAGGUCAAUUACUGAAAGUGGUGGUAGAAGAAGGCAAACUAGAGAGAAAAGGAAGAAGUCGCUUCCAGUCAGAAAGUUACUCGAGCUUGAAAGAGCCCAACAUGAUUUUAAAAAUGGCGAUAGUGGUGGGUUACUCGAGAAAAUGAGAGAUCCAACAGGUGCUGGAAGGAUAACUUGCGAAAAAUGUGGCAAUAAGAUUGAAACAUCCCAAUUUGUCGAUCACAUUCGGCAAUGUGUCGGUGGUAUGACGAGUAACCAGAGGAAUUUUCUCAAGAGUGCUUUGAUGUCUAGCAACAUUCUACCUCCGGAGAGUCCCAAUAGAGAAAAAAUGAAAACCCCCAACGACAAAUCACCUUCACCCCAACAACAAUCGCCUGUGAAUGACAUGAGUUCCAAAGAAGCCACUGGAACAUCCGAAAACAAUAAUGGAUCUUCCCCAUCUGUGCUGAACGCCAUCGAGAAACUGAUAGAGAAGAGUUUUGAUUCUCGGACUCGACAAACCGGUGGGUUUCCAGGACACGGUCCCGCUCAGGCUCCAAUGGGAAGCAGUAUCCUCAAACGGCUCGGGAUCGAUGAAAGUGUCGACUAUACUAAACCUCUAGUCGAUGCUCAAACCAUGAAUUUAUUGAGAAACUAUCAUCAACAACAACAACACCACUACGCGAGGAGGGAGAGGAGUGGGAGCGAAUCGAGUUCCAUGUCAGAAAGGGGUAGCAGUAGAGUUGAAUCGCUAACUCCGGAACGCAAAAUGGAACCUCCUGGUGUACCCAUUACGAGUACGCCGAGGUCAACACCCGACAUCAAGAGGGAGAAGUCACCCUUCAUGGAUAAGCUCGGUGCUAAUGAAAUUAAAAACGAGAACUUUGUCUUAAAGAAAGAGAUUAAGGAUGAAGAAGGUCCCACUGGUGAGAAUCAUGAGUUUAAAGUCAAGCGAGAGGUUGAGGAAAACGACGACGAUGAAAGAAACAGUUUUCAAAGCAACGGCGAUGUUUCCAAGGAAGACGAAAAUAAAGGAAGAAGUCCUUUGACCAGUCCUCGACAACAGUCCGAAGGAGGACAUCCCAAUAGUCCUUGUCGAAAUUCCACGAGCAGUCCUGCAAGUAGUGAUCGAUCCGGUACUCCUAGGAGUACGAACGGCGAUCGAAAAGGAGCCAGUGGAAGUUUGGGUGCCCUUAGCUCAAUGUUUGAUAGCCUUUCCGGCACAAACGCAAACCCCGAGUCGAAUCAAACAGCAAGUAAGCGUGGGUCCAGCCACCCUUUAGCGGCCUUGCAGAAACUUUGCGAUAAGACUGAAACCCACACCAACAAUCGAAAUCAUGCUGUUUCUACUGUGGUGAACCCUGUAACAGCAAGUAGUUCCACGUCAUCUGGUGGGACCACCCCGGGGGCAAUUUUGGCAUUCAGUUGGGCCUGUAAUGAUGCUGUGAUGACAUCUGACUCCAUUAUGAAGUGUGCAUUUUGCGAUACUCCUUUCAUUUCCAAAGGGGCGUACAGACACCACUUGUCCAAAAUGCAUUUCGUUAAAGAUGGGGUUAUACCCGACCCGGUGGCCUUGAAGAAUCACCCUCAACCGAAUUCGUCCAGUGCGGGUGUACCUUUGAAGAGCAGUACCAUUUUGCCACCCAGCGUUUCCAGCGCCUCUGUUACUACGGGGGUCAAGAGUCCUCCGGCUCCAGGAGCAGGUGGGGGAUUCGAGGAGAGCCCUCACUCAAAAUUUCUCAAAUACACGGAACUAGCCAAACAAUUAUCUAGUAAAUAUGUGUAAAUAGUGUUCAAUGCGAGAUACAUUCCUAUUUUGUAAAAUUGAAAUAUAGUCUUGAAGACAUGAUCGCUCAAAGCGGUAUUUUGUGAUGUUAUCAUAUCGUAAUACAACCAAUAGUAAUAAAAGGUAGGAGUUCGUGAUACAACUAACUAUGUAUAUUUAUUGCGAAGUAACAGAAAUCUCAAGUGAUUGUAAUUGUUAUACGAAUUUUGAGUCACAAAAAUAUGUAAAUAUUGUGAAAAUAAGUCAGUAUUUUAAGGAUGUAUACUUUUCUUCUUAGGGCAGAGCAAAUCGAAUCAGAUACUAAAAAUCAAAAUAUUCGAUAGUUUAAAGUGUCAAAGUAAUACGUACUAAGAUUUUAGUUUCUGAUUAGGUUACGAUAAUAAUAUUCCAGUCCCUAAUCGUUUUAGAUGUAAAAAUAUAGUUGUUGGUACGUAAAAGCCAUGAGUUUUGGUAAGUACUGUAAUAGUACUAAAAUUGUAGUUGUGGAAAAAACAAUGAUCGAUUUUCUCGUAACUAUUUGUUGAGUUGAAAACCUGCAAGUUUCAGAGAAAUUACAAACACUAAGUAUACGUAUAUCGUAAAUAUCUCAUCUUCCAUAAAAGUUUUUGAAUGACUAUUUAUCAAUAAUUAUUAUUAUACUAUACUGAAUAAUACAAAAAAUGUAUACGCAACUAGCUGAUAUUCACGGCGGAGCUCUUUUUAUGUUUUGAAAAAUUUAACUUUAUUUAAUAUUUUGUUGUAUUUGAUCGCGAUGAAAGCUCAAAUAAAUACAUGUUAUGAAUGAA